CUUUUCCUUUUCUCUUCUUUUUCUUUAGUCUCUCAUUCGGCUAAUGAUCAAACAAGUAAAAAAUAAUAAAAAGGCUUCACUCUUCAAAUACUUUUCUGUCUUAUACAAAGUUUACUUUUGUUAGUCAGUUCAAGUCAUUCCAAAGUUUUCCAUUUCAGCUCUGGCCAGUGGCAGCUUUUACGACUGCGAGAAGCAUUACUACUUGCUUUCAAAGCCUCAACCAAAUAAUGAACAGAGCUUUGAAAUUUCAUCCAAGAGCUUACACAUGAAACGAGGCAUGGUCUUUGAAGAACGGCUUUUUGAAAUGCAUAAAUCAUCCAUUGUCAAUCACACAGACACUACUGAUUUCAUGAAAGCCUUAAGAGAAGCUAAACACGGUCAAUAUUUGUAUCAGCUGAGAUUUAGCCUCCCCGAAGAAUUCUAUACAGAUGUUAUUGGUGAUGCCGAGACGUAUAGAAUACGAAACUUUAUUCCAGACUUUUUAUAUAUCAAAGAAGAUCCUGCAACCAAAAUCAAAAAAAUUCUUAUUAUUGAUGCAAAGUCAUCCAAUAACAUGUCAAGUACACACCAGUUUCAAGUCGUCUCGUAUGCAUUUUUGAUAGGUUAUCUCAUCAGAGACAUUCCAGAUCUAGAAGUAGACGCGUUAGGUGGUGUGUGGUUACCGAACGAUAUGGAGAAGCCGCAAAUGUUUCGUAUUGAUUUAGUCAUGGGCAAAAUUAAACUGUUCUAUAAAAAGAAACUGAUCGAUAUCCUCAAAAGCAGUAAACCAGAAUGGAAUCUAGGGAAGAAGUGCUCUGCUUGCCCCUUCUAUGCACAGUGCAAAGAGGACGCAAAGGGGACUGUGAAACAGCUGCCUUAUAUGAAUCAGGAGAAGCUUAGUAUGAUCCGAGAAAACACGCCUGAAGAUAUUGAAGACCUUUCUGGAUUGUUCCAAAACAUGAACCUUCAUGAACAUGGUCGUACUCGAGAUAUGACAAAUAUUCAGCAAUAUAUUCAGUCUUACGAAAGCAAAAAACCAAUCUUUCUUGGAUACGCCACCACUUCUACUGCCAAAGACGUUGAUCAUGCCAUCUAUACCUCGCUCCUAGUGGAUACUUAUUCUCGAAAGCCUUACGCUUAUGCCUUUCAUGUAUUUGAUUUUGAAGAAGGCGUGUUCUUACAGGAUUCGUUCUCCUUUUGCGUUAAUGCUAGUGCUUACCAGUUAGAUGACGAUAAAGACAAUGCUGCUUACUGCAGCUUUACUGAUAAAUUCAUUGGUCAUUUAUCAACACUACUCAAUUUUAUGGACAGACGAAGAUCGCGCUGUUUAUUCUACGUGUACAACAAUAAAGCAAGAGAUGCCAUAGGCUCGUUUUUAUAUAACUUGAUUGCUUCUAAAGGAAAGCACCUGGAGUCAUUACAGAACAAGAGAAGAGUAGAAAUACUUGAAGCUGCUGCCAAGUGUCUAGUAACUUUGUUCCAAGGCGUCGAUCUCCUUGGCCUUUCCACUCCGAUAGCCUUUCCAUGCAUGGAUGAGGGUCAAAAGUCAGCUGGAGUUGAACGGUUUGUUAGCAUUGAAAACCUACUUGAACAAAAUAUUGCCCUCCCUGCGUCAGUAUGUUAUGAAUUAUCUGAUGCUGUAGAAUGGAUGGCAAGUGCAUACAGAAAAGAAGGCGCUUCUUUGGACUCACUUUACGAUGAGAGCAUUCAUAAACAAUGGUUAAAAAGGGAGAAAAAUGGCUCAAACGGUGAGCGAGUUGUUCAACUUGUUGUUCAGCAAUUACUUGACCAACUCAACUGGCUUCAUGCGGUCAUGGAGACGUAUUGGAUGCUGGCAAAUGAAUAUAUGGAAUCGAACUGCAUAGAGCUAUUCCCUCUUCCGUGUAUUCCGUUCAAAUGGCCAGAAACUAGAUACUUUAAUCACCCUAUCCUUGCCAAACUCACAUACUUUAAACAACUCGAAUGUAUUUCCGCAUGCAACACAUGUCGAAGGGAUCCUAUUGCUGACUUGGAUAUGCUAAGAGGUCUUAGAAUGUUUCAACCAUCAUCAAGCCUGAUUCUUGGUUUCAAAUCAGAGCACAGACUAAGCAAGUUUGAAGUUAGCCUUCAGUUUGAGGUCAUUGAUACAGGUGAUGGACGUGAUUUGAAGGAAAAUUUGGACCGCCUUGUCCUUAAUGACUGGCACCAGUAUAUCCUUGUUCCUGAUAAUUAUCAGGAUAUUAUUGAAGUUGCUCGAUAUUCGCACUUACUACACAUGAACACUUCAAAAUACAAAAAGAAGGGAAUUACUUGUGUGAAUAUAUCAUAUGUAGAUAUUGAUGAAAGAAAGCUAACGCUGACAAAGCUCGGCACACUCGGAAAGCCUGCUCCAAAGUAUCGCUUAUAUAAACGAUACACAGACUUUACUACCCAGAAAUGCCUAGAUGCAAUAACAAGAAUAGAUAAAGAGGAUGAAUUUAUGGAUAUUAUCGAUCUCUUAAAUGAUCCGAAUGAAUGGUCAAGGGAGAAUGCAUUUGAUGAUAUUGGAUUCAAUUCAUCAUCGGAGACACAAGAAUCACUCAAUACAUUCAACAUGUCAUUAUCUCAAAAGGCAAUUGCCACCAGCAUCAUCCAAAGGCGUCUGCAGAUCAUCUGGGGACCUCCUGUAAGUUUCCUUGUUUGGAUAUAUUAAUAGAAACUAAACUACAUGACCCCAAGGGAUCUGGUAAAACAGAGUUUUUAUCCAGAUUUAUCAACUGGUAUGUCCUCCACUUUGUCAGAUGUAAUGGAUUAACAGAUCUGAUGAUUGGCGUCACCGCGUUCACCAAUACCUCGAUAUUAAACCUUUUGAAGCGUAUAGAAGACAUACAGAAGCAGCACGGACUUGAGGAUUUAUUUUCUAUUAUUUUUGUCACAUACGAUACAAACGAAGACAGAGAGUCAAAUAUCAAGUACGUCAAAUGGAGAGAAUCACUCACUGUCGU